CUGCCGGUGGAGGCAGUUCGAGUGUACGAUACGACUGCCAGUUUGAAUCGCGGUGCCGCGAGACGAUAUACGUACUGUAUAGAGUUUUGUAGUUUUUCGCCGGCCCGUGUUUUUGUUGAGUUUCGCGCGUGACAAGGUGUUGUGAAAAAAAAAAGUUUUUUACAAAAAAAAAAAUCAAUUAAAAAUAAACACAUUAGUGUGAAAAAUUUAAACAACGAAAAAUUAUUACAUUUUGGAUUAAUAUAUUAUACCCUGAAAAAGAAAUAGUGUUUUAUUAUUUUGUGCAACAUUGGUGUUUUUUUAAUUUGAGUUUUAUGAUUUUAAAAAAGUGAUUUUUGAAAUUUUUUUUUCAAUUGUUCGUUUAGUGUUUGUUCUGGUAUACUUAUGGUGAAUUGCGGAACCGGUACUGAAGAAGGUGUGGAUCAAUACAAAUUCAAUUUUGACGAACAGGAAUUAUCCAUUUCGCAAAGGAGUGAAAUAGAUGUGGUUAUGAGAGUUCGAUGAUUACUGGCCCCCGGACUAGAACCACCACCACCACCACAAUGGACUACCUGCAGAUUUGCUUCACUGUUUGCUUCACGUUAAUUCUCAACUAUCACGGUGGACAUGCGAUAGACAUAUCACAAUGCAUCGGCCCCUUGGGAAUGGAGUCGGGAGCAAUUCCUGAUGCUGACAUCACUGCCAGUUCCAGCUUUGACAGCGGAAACGUGGGACCACAUCAUGGACGACUUAAACAAGAGUAUCACGGUGGUGCUUGGUGUCCUAAACAACAGAUCACAACUGAACCACGCGAAUGGUUGGAAAUCGAUUUGCACAAUGUUCAUUUAAUCACUGGAACUGCUACCCAGGGUCGAUUUGGAAAUGGACAAGGUGUCGAAUAUACUGAAGCUUAUCUACUCGAGUAUUGGAGACCUAGAUUAGGCAAAUGGGUCCGUUAUCGGGAUAUCCGAGGUGAAGAGGUAAUCAAAGGAAACAGUAAUACCUACAUUGAAUCGAAACGAGAUCUGGAGCCACCGAUUUGGGCGAGUAAAAUUCGUUUUAUGCCGUACAGUUACCAUCGUCGUACGGUGUGCAUGCGAGUUGAAUUGUAUGGUUGUCCAUGGAACGAUGGAAUCGUUUCUUAUUCGAUACCACAGGGGGAUAAGAGAGGCAAUUGGGAAUUCUUCGACGUGACUUACGACGGUCACUGGGACGGGGAAUUACGCCGUGGUCUUGGACAACUCACGGACGGUCGAACUGGGCCCGAUAAUUUCAAGUUGGGUUACUACGACUACAAUCGAGGUCAAGGGUGGGUUGGAUGGAGGAACGAUACACGUUCAAAUCGUCCACUAGAAGUCAAGUUCGAGUUUGACCACGUCAGAGAAUUCUCGGCUGUUCAUAUCUAUUGCAACAAUCAAUUCACUAAAGAUGUUCAGGUCUUUUCGGAAGUCGGUGUUAUGUUUAGUAUUGGCGGUAAAUACUAUAAUGGUGAUCCAAUCGUUUAUGAAACAGUUGAGGAUCGAAUUUUCGAGAAUUCACGUAACGUCACAAUUAAAUUACAUCAUCGUAUUGGUAAAUUUGUCAAGUUGAAAUUUGGUUUUGCAUCGCGUUGGAUUAUGAUCAGCGAAAUCACAUUUGACUCCGAUAUCGCUCAUGGAAACUUUACUCCGGAAAUGCCACCAUCAACAGAAGCGCCACGUAUCAAGGAUAGAAGUUUUGAUCGUGAUAAGCCACAUCAGGCUGAAAUCCCUGUUUCAACUGCAAAGCAGGAUGAUCCAACUUAUAUGGCUGUGAUAAUAGGAGUAUUAACGGCAGUCAUUCUUCUUUUAGCCGUUGCUAUUUUUCUAAUAGUGAGCCGUCAUAGGCAGAGAAAAAAUUUUGCAAGUCCACUUGGUGCAAAGGGUGCAAUACCCUCGGGUAAUCAUCAUAAUCAUCAUCAUCAUCAUUUGUCAUCAGAAUCGGCAUAUGGGACCACAGAAAAAGAUCCAUCGCUUAUGACAUAUAGAGUUGAUGAUCUUGAUGAUAGAUAUUCAGGUUCAAAGUUGACUACAUUGCCACGUGAUUUAAAUGAUCGACUAUUGGGUGAUGUUAGACUCGACGAAUACCAGGAACCAUUUCACGAGAACAAAUAUCGAGAGCCAGCGCACGCUGCAUAUUACGGAUACAGUACUGUCGUCUUGGACAACAAGGAUUUGCAUGACAACAUUGAACAAUCCGAUGCGACAUACGAUUAUGCAGUUCCUAUGCCUGUGCCUAGUGUAAGCAGUGAUCAGGAUAGUGUCUUUUCCAAGUCCUCCAGAGGAAGCGCAAAAGCGUGCUUGCAGAGCUUUUUUCCACCACCUCCACCUCCAAUGAGUGUACCACCUCCUCGAGGCACCAGUAACCUGACGUACUCGAGCCCACCGAGUCCUGAACCGGUUUGUGAACGAGAACGCCGAGGCAGCAAGCGACGGGAGCAUUCUCUUCAUAGAUUCGCAUAAAAGAAUUCUCUUUUCAAGACUCCAAUUGACAGGCACUCUUUUUUAAUACACACUUUGGAAUGCACAUCUUUCGUCAAUAGCUCAUCUCAUUGAAAAAAUUUUGUAAGCACUUCAAUUAAUCUUUUUUUUACUUUAUUAUUCCCGAAAAAAAAGAGAGGAGCUUCUUUUUUGCGAUCCCGAAAAAAAGAUUUGAUAUAUUUUUUUAAUAUUGAACUUUCAAAAAAGUUUUUAAAUUAUUUUUUCAAUAUUGAAUCAUUUUUUCGGGUUGUACAGUAACUUUUAAGACUAUAAUUAUUAAAAAAAAAAAAAAAAACUUCGAUAAUCGCUAAGGCGAUGAAACUAAAAUUAUUGGCAUAUCAGUUAGGGAAAUAACUCCUCUAGAAAUUCGCCUCGGGGCUUUUCCAUCGAGCCCUAUAUAUAUAUACACUGCCACAGGCUCGUCGUUAAAUAUAUAUUUUUUUUAACAUAUCCGAUUUUUUUUACACGUAAGCUCAAAGGAAGUUUAAGCAUAUACCGGGGAAAAUUCCUAGAAUACCAUAUGCGACGUAAACCACAAUUUUUUUUUUUGCAAAAACCAAAUGAAAAACUUUAAAAAAAAAUUCUCCGGGACGAAUUUCUAGCGCGAGACAAAGUUGCACAACAACAUUAAUAAAUUAUAAUACGCCUCGGUCAGUAUAUCUCGCUUCCAGAUUUUGCCAAAAAAAAAAAAAAAAAAAUUAAGAACAAAUGGCAGCGAGAAUCGAUCGUUUCUCACAUAGAAGACUGAUUUGAACAGAAAAGAAAAACUCAGUCCCAUGCGAUGUAUUUAUUUAUUUGUACAGCGCCUGAUUAAUGGACUUUUUAAAACAAAAAAAUAAUUAGUAUUUGUAUAAAUGCGUAGUUUCUUAAUCAUUAGAAAAUAUAAUAUAGUCGAUGACGAUAGGAAAAAGUAUUUGUCGAAUUUUUCAAUUUAAUUUUUAUAAAUUCGACAAUUUUCUUACCACAGUAUUUGCUUUAUUAAUUUUAGAAAAAAGGGUUCUAAAUCUUUAUAAUAUAUAUUUCAUUUUAAUUUAUAUAAUUUUUAGAAAAUAUUUAAAUUUUUCGUGUGUUUUGAAUUUAAUUGAAAAUUUUUAAUUAAUUUUGUUUCGACAAAACUUUUGCCCAUAGGUAGUUUUUCUAUAUUUACCGUCUCAGCCUUCAUAUAAAACAAAUUUUAGAGAGUUGGGAAGGGGAGGGUGGGUGGGGGGGGAAUGUAAUUUUUUGCUAAUAUGAAAAUCGACAAUACAGGGAUGAGACAACAAUAAUGAUGAUUAAUAAAAAAAAAAACUCAUAUUAUAUGUGUAUAAGAGAACCCGACCCAUAUUGUGAUAUAAAAACGAAAAACGAUCGCAAGGUAUAAAAAAACAACACCUGGAACUUGUAUAUCUUAAAAAAUCCGUUGUUUCUAAACGAUAAUUAAGAAAAACACGGAUAAUUAAUCUUUUACAACGACUAUUUAAAUUCUUAAAAGAAUUUCCAUUGCCUUUUUUUUUAAGUAAAUUAAUAAUUUCAGUAUUUAUAAUUUUAAUAUAUAUAUUUAUAAUAAUUCAAAAUCUCAAGAAUCUGAAUAUUAAAAUCUUUUGAUGGCGCAAAAUAUGAAAUGUCGAGAUUUUUUUUUUUAUUAUUUUCCAAGAUGAUACGUACAAGCGCGUCUUUGGGAAGUUCUUUUUCUUUAUAUAAAUAUAAAGAAGCAAAAAGGGAACGAAUUUAAUAUCAAUUUAUCAUUAUACCUGAGAACACAGCAUUUUUCUUAACUAUAUAUAUAUAUACAAAAUAUAUAAAGGAAAAAUUAAAUAAAAAAAACAUGAGAUAGAAAAAAAGAAUAUUACUUUCGAGAAAGGUCACAAGAUAAGAGGAGAAAAAAAAAGAAGUAGGGGGGGUGAUUCCCCGAAAAGGGUUGCACUCGUAUAUAACAUACCGACUCGUUGCGUGCUUGUGGGAUGCUUUAUGGCUCUUUUGUGCUGUUCUGCUGUUCGUCGCGUACCUCUCGUAAAACUAACGUGUGUGCUACCUGCGUAUAUAUAUAUAUAUAAAAAAAGUUCCUCCAAAGUUGAUACAGACUUCUCUCUAUAUACAAUGAAUCAGAAUUGCUAUUUGAUAAAUAUUUUUACUUUUAUUCACGGUAUUAUUAUACCAUUUUAUUCUACUUCGUAAUUGAAGGAUUUUUUAAUAAUAUUAAUUUACAAAAAUUAAUAGGAAAAAAAGAUUUCAUAAUUAAAUAAAAAUUGCAAAAAUUACGGGACCAACGUAUCAGGGGUACAAUUAUGGAAUUUCACUUUCACUUUCACUUUCAUUUUCACUUGCAGAAAUUUCACUUUCACUUUGAUUUUCAUUUUCACUUGCAGAACUUUCACUUUCACUUUUAUUUUUAUUUUGACUGACAUUCACUGAGAAAUAAAAAAAAUGAAAACGAAAGUGAAAAUAAAAGAAAAAUGAAAGUGAAAAUGAAAGUGAAAACGAAAGUGUAAGUGAAAGUGUAAGUGAAAGUGAAAAUCAAUGAAAAUAUUUGCAAUCGUUAAAUUUUUUUCUUGAAUUUCUUAAUUUCAAAUAGCAAUUCCAUUAGAGAUUAUAAUUUUAUUUUAAAAUAAACACAAUUCCAUUUCCUUGAUAAUCCUGUAAAAUAUAUAUAUAUAUAGAAUAAAGUAGUUCCACGAAUAAAGGAGCAUCGCGUAACUUAAACGUUUAAUCGAACAUGCAUAUCUAUGUAAAUAUGAGUAUAUGCAGAACAUAAAAUAGUUGCACAAGAAACAUUAUGCUUAUAAAGCCUCGUGCUAAGUGUCUCUUUAAUAUCACAAAUACGGAGAGAGCAACCACAUUACACGCAGCGAGUUGAGGUUAUAAAAACGAUUUAUCGUAUAGACUUAGCGUAAUAAUGAGUGAUCUAUAUUCUAUUCUAUAUGUACAGGCUCUUCUGAUAUUAAAACGCACGUAUUAUUUCUCAAUGUAAAUACUACUUUGUAAUUUAUAUAUAUAUAUAAAUAAAAAAGAAAAAAAAAUAAUUCCUAAGAGGCAAAAACGACGUUAUAAAAUUUAUUAUUAUUAUUAUUACUAUUAUUAUAUGCCUAAGGAAAAUUUGCGAAGCGAUAUCGCGCUUUUUUGUAUAUAUUUGUAUUAUAUAUGCGUAUGUAACUAUAAAUGGUUACCACCGUGAGUGUAAUUAAUAAAAAAAAAAAAAAAAAAAAAAUGUAUAACGAGUUGCAUAUUUGAUAUUUGUGUGCCUGUAUCCUUUUGUAUGCUAUCGAAAAAAAUAGAAGGAACGAAAAGAACGAAACUAUACAUAUAUAUAAAGAAAUAAAAAAAAAAAAAAUAUAUAUAUAGAGACAAAUACGAGUAUUGGUACAUUGUACAUCACACUAUAAUUGUCACCAGUGACGAAAAUAAACUUCUAGUGAAUCUAA